AACACGCAUGACGUCAUAAUUGUUUUGAUCAUUUUCGCUGAUGUCAACCGUUUAUGUGCAGACAUUCAUUUUGUGUGGAAUUCUUCAGUUAAUUACGUUAAGAUGAUGGAUUUGAGAGGAAUACAGUUUAUUUUAUGUUUGUCCGUACUCUCAUCAUGUGUUGUGGCACAGAUCAGCAUUCAACCACUGACAGACCUAACCGUCAAUGAGGGAAACACAGUCCUGCUUGACUGUGCUCUGCGAAACAUCCCAGGCAACCCAGACGACAUUCUUCUCAUCUUGUAUCAUGACGGCAAAGCAAUCGUCGUCAACAAGCAACUGGCUGUUAACAAUCCCAACUAUCUACUGGAUACGAGUGUGGUUGGUCACUGGAAGCUGACGAUACAGGAAGCACAGAUUGAGGAUCAGGGAACAUGGAGCUGUCAGGUGCAACUGCCUAACGAGGUGUCACAGCAAAUGAGGCUGGUGGUACUCGCUGCACCUGUUAUAACCUCAGUUACACCAGACAUGGCCCCAAUGCCAGGCUCUAUGGUCACUCUUUGGUGUAAUGCCACCGGUAGUCCAGAGCCAUCGGUCACUUGGACUCGUCAGCGACCGGCCGGCAAUCUUCCGUCUGGUGUGGAGUUUGUGACUGGUAACCCGCUGGUUAUCAGUGAUAUCACCAAUGAUUGGAGGGGGUUGUAUCAAUGCUUUGUGACUAACGGGAUCGGACAAGGAGCGGUCACUGCACCUGUCUUCUUGCAGAUGGAGUAUUCCCCCAUAGUGAGAGCUUUAAAUGAGUUAGUUGCUGCUCCCAUCGGAGACUCUGCCCAGCUACAGUGCAUCGGUGAAUCCUUCCCAGCUGUCAAGAUUGUAGACAACGUCCAGUGGUUCAAAGAUGAUCGUCUUGUGGGUGCUAGUGAUGGUUAUCAGAUGAGUGUAUCUCUAGAUAUGGACAUGGAUCCCUACAGAGAGACCUCUAUUGCUACACUCAUAGUCACAGCAGUCAGUAAUCAGAAUGUUGGCAAGUACACCUGUCGGUUGCAGAACUUACUGGGAUCUGCUCAGGCUGACGUAAGGCUUGAAGUUGGCAAGCAGAUUGACCCAGAAACUGGUGCGUCAAGAAGCAAGGCCUCAAAUGUCAUGGCUGCUAUGGCAACCAUUAUGGCUGCCAUCUUCAUGGCAACAGUUCUGGUGAAGUUCUGAGGAAGCAGGGUCGCCGAGGUAACGGAAUGUGUGAGGGUGAAAUUGACCAAUUAAUGCAAAAGUACUCUAACCUACUAAGCAAUAUUUAUACACAUAGAUGCCUUAUAUAUUCAUUAUUGCACUACAGUUUUAUAUUUUUUAAUAAUUACUAAGACGGCUUAAUGAAAACGAUAGCUUGGAAGCUGAUAGUAUUGCCAUGUUGUGAUGAGAUUGCCAUGUAGUGAAAGAGAGAGAUUUGACAGACACUUGAAGCAAACAAAGCUGUGUGCCUGCUGCCCAUGUCAAGACAUCCUAAAGGCUUGUCCAUGGUCACAUCAAACAUGUCUUUUAUGCCAUACACACGGGAACCAUUGUGCACAAGCUGUGUGUCCCAUAAACUCAAGCUCUUGUGAGUAUGCCAUGCAUUAAAGCUUCAAACUAUUGAAAGAGUCCUUGAUCAAUUGGACCCAAAAUGCUUACCUCUGAUUUUAACAGUUCUAAUGUUUACGUAGCGCUUUCCAUCGUAUCAACAAUCUCAAAGCAACAAUUAUUCCCCCUGUUCAUCAGGCAAUGAGACUACGUGGCAGUCGAUAUCAGCGCACAGUCGGUCCUCUACCCUCACUGGUACCCAUUCGUACUCCUGGGUGGAGAGAGGCAAUUGUAGCUCAG